AAAAACGAUACUAGUUUUGCCAUUUAUGUCCUCAUCUCUCUUAGCUGUUAUGCAUCAAUCGGUGGGUCAUGCACCUAUACGUUCUCUCUCUAUCUCACUCAAUAUAUAUACACGAACCUUCCUCGUUAUUUCCUCCCAAGAACAUCUCUCAAACAUUCCUCUCUUCUUCUUCCAAUAUUUUGAUCCCCACACACACUCACAUCAACACAUAUAAAUCUCCUCGUAAACCCUAAACCCUAGCUAGUUUCAACAACUCUCUUGUUCCAACCCCAAGAAAAAAGUUCAAUUUCGUUAGCAAUGGCCAAAGUUGGGAAGCUGACAAAGCUUAAGUCGGCUAUGAAGAAAUGGCCUUCUUUCGCCAAGAACCACCACCACUCAACCUCCUCAGCCGCUGUUUCCGACGAACUCUCAGAAGACAACAAUCUCCAUGUGGUUUACGUUGGUCAAACUCGAAGACCUUACAUGCUUAGACCAGACAUCAUCUCUCACCCACUCUUUCAAGAACUCGUGGAUCGGUCUUCUUCUAGAUCCAUCGAACAAGAUCGUGAGAUUGUUGUAGCUUGUGAAGUCGUUUUGUUCGAGCACUUGCUGUGGAUGCUCAAGUCUGGUCAAGAAGGAGGAUCCGUUGAAGAAUUGGCUGAGUUCUAUACUUAUUGACAUCGACCGAUUGAUUUUAUACAUUUAUUUCGUAUAAUAUAUACCUUUUUUGUUGUUGUUUGUUGUUGCUGAUUUGUAUUUUCAUUCGAUGCGGUGUGUGAUCAAAACGUGAUCUCGUAAACCAUGUCAUUUGCUUCCGUUUUUCUGAGCAAUUUUAUGAUGAUGAUGAGCAUAUGUAGUUUUCUUACUUUGUUAAGACCAACCAAGAAUAAAUUUCUACUAACAACAAUCUUUAUAUAUAUUUUCCUUCAAAAUGUAUUUCAGUACCUAUAUUAAUUGUAAUAUACAUAAAAAAAGAAUGCAAUGAUUUCAAGAAAACAAACUAAGUUUUCUGGUAGGUUUUGUUUCUAUAUUUAUUUUAUUAUGGCGGUUUUGUAAACUUUUGUUUCUAUUUUCGUAACGUAUCUUUCUCAUAUGAGUCAUGAGUCUCAUGACAUAAUAAAGAAGGCCUUUGAUGAUGUUCGAUAAACAAAAGUUGGUUGAAUAUGAUGAGUCCAAUUCAUUUAUUUUGCUUUAUAUAAACAAAAUAUGACUAGCAAUGAUUUCUA